GCUAUGUCCCAGAGAGUCGGAGACCGGAGGCGCCGGUGGUGACGACGAAGUCGUGUUUUCUCUUCGAGAGGUGGUUAAUCAAUAGCCACGUAUCGGCAAGCUCGGAGUUGCUCCAUCGGUCUAGGGUUGUCGGCGAUUUACAAUUCUCUGAUCUCCUCGUUAUUUCACCCUGGAAAUUUCCCGUCUUUCUAAGAACUAUGGGCUGUUCUUGCUUCAGGAGUAUGGGAAAUGCCCGGUUUCAGGUGAACCACUUGCCAUUUGAUGACAUUGUUCCCAUCAAAACUGGAAAGAUCUUGGAUCUGAGAGUUUGGUGCUUUAUUCAAGAUUUGUACGUUUGGGUGAUUGAACUAAAGAAUGUAUUACGACCAUGUACCAAUGCGAACAUCAUUCGCUGUUUCUUAAUCGCUAAUGGAGGAGAUGAUACUACUGCUGCUCUCUCUGAUCGUCCUUCAGGACAAAUCUUGUCUACACUGAGUGGUCGCUGGAAGAAGGUCGUAAGUGUUAAAUUUGUAGCUGACAAGGUAAGUCACGAUUCAUUCGAAGGCCCAAAACAUACAUUGUUUCGCAAUUUUCUAGUUGAUGUCCGUACCUGAUCUGGCCAGGUAUUCGUUCUAUAUUGUAGGAGCAUUUCCGGGAGUCUGGAGGUGAUAAACCCGAGAUCUGAUUUGCAAAGGGAAGCUCUUGUUCUACCCAUUUGCUUCUUCUUCUCUCUUUCUUUCUUUCCUCUUUGCCGUCGUCGUCGUAAGAUGAAUGACAUAUCAAUAAGUGUAUCUCUAGGAAAUACAUGUUGGUCCAAGAUAGGUUUUGCUUUACAAUAAAACUGAAAAAUAAAAUUAUGUCUUGUGGUAA